AUGCAAUCCGCAUCACACUGCUCUGUACGACGAAGUGUCAUGCUUGUCCAAGCCAUAUUUCAGCUCUUGUUCACUCUCAUUCUGGCCAAGUCAAACGAAUGGGGGUCGCGCGUGAUAGGCAAAAAGUCUGGGAGUUCGGGACUGAUGGUCUUUCGGAUGGACGGAGUUGCGGACAUCGAGGCUUAUGAUCACUUUGGAAAGUUUAUCGGGAAUGUGGAAGUCAUCGAUGGGCGCUGCAUACUGACUGGACAAACAAUUGGUUCACCAUGCACCAACCGAAACGGCGACGUUGCUCUCACCGUGAAUGAGGUGCGUGAUCAUUGGAAGCUUAUGGUGAAAAGCAGAACUGAACCUGAUCAAGCGUAUACAGUCCUCUUCGUUCCAGACUUCAAAUUUCCUACCCCAAAAGAAGACGCAAUGGGUUUUGACUGGGAUACCGGCGCCAUGGUUUUCAGAGGAAGGUUCCCAAAAAUGUAUGCUGACUACUCCGUAAUAAAUUUUACCGCCGCGGAUACUUUAACAGUCACCGUGGACUGGGGCGAGACAGACGCUUAG